AUGUCUGCUGUCCACCCUUUCUCACUCGAUUACCCGGAGACAAAACCAGCCUUUAACAAACAAAGCAUUGGAGAUACACAAAAGGAGCACGGCUGGACCAAUGGCCCGGAAAAGCACAAAGACGAAGUAGUCCCAACUUUGAAAGAAGAGAUGGUUGAUUUUGCCAACAACGUUAGCAUACUUGGGAUGAAGCAAAUUGUGAAUACCAAAUACUCGCCUGCCCGACGUCUCAUUUGGUUAGCUUUUGUUUUAACAGGGUCAGCAUUCUUAGUUUUCCAUCUCUGGAACCGGAUUGCCUAUUACCUAGAGAACCCAGCCUCAGUGGACGUGAGGUUUAACUAUAACGACACUAUUCCGUUCCCCACGCUUACUAUCUGCAAUAACAACAGAUUCAACGUUGCAAAACUUUCUCAGAACGGUCAAUACAACCUGGCAAGUUUCUUCGACUAUGCGGUGACGCCCAAUUUCACUGGGUACGACAUGGACGCAUACAACUGGACAGCGUUUUACAUUAAUAACCAAUACACAAUGGUGGACAUUGCACCAUCGUAUUGUACGUUCAAUAGCGAACCGUGUUUAUCUAACCUGUCUCUGGUCGAAACUGAAAUGGGGACCUGUCUCCAGUUUAACGGAGAGGGUGAAUUGAAGAUGGUUGACGGAGAAGGAAUCCACCAUGGUUUAACAACGUUUCUUCUCGCCAAUCAGUACCAAUACGUUCCUUUCACUGUCACUGCUGGAUUCACAAUUUUGCUUCACGACCGGGGCGAAGUGCCGCAACUGUCUCGUCUGGGACUGCAGAUAGCGCCUGGAGAAAGUGUCAACGUCGCCAUGAAGCAAUUUAAGGUGUCGAACCUCCCUCCCCCACAUGGCCAGUGUCAAGACAAAUCACUAAAAUAUUUUCCCAAAUAUACCAAACUUAAUUGUGAAGCUGAAUGCGGCAUUAACCGCACAAUUGAGAAAUGUGGGUGCCGAAUGCAUCACUUUGCUGACGUCAGUGAUGUUCGUGUCUGUAACCCCAGGGAUCUUAGGGAGUGUGACGCCGUGAAUUCAACCGCAGAAAUCAAAGCACGCAAUUGCGGCUGCACUGAGGCCUGUAGAAGAACUCAUUACGAAACCUCUAUCUCCCAUAGUAAAUUAUCAGUACUGUUUAUGAACACAAUGGUGGCGCAGUACAACGUACCUGCAUCGUUUUACGCGGAAAACCUGAUUGCUCUUAAUAUUUUCUAUUCUGACAUCAGCGUCGAGGAGGUGGUGCAACAGGAGGCGUACAGCGCUCUGACCCUCUUCGCAGAUAUCGGGGGAGCGUUGGGUCUCGUGCUGGGGAGCACCUUGAUGACAGCUGCUGAAAUAGUGGACUUUGUUCUGGGCGUGAGUUUAUGGAAACUGUUUGGACUCAAAGUUUAA